GCCGUCCUCUGCAACAAAAUUUAUAACCAGAUGCUACCUAGCUCCCUCACACAUGGAGAAAACAUGGGGCAAUCUGGACAAAAGAAGCUAAUAAUUUUAGCACAACAAUACCCAGGCAGGCAAUCUGAGCUGGGUGGAAUACCAGACUAUUGGUCCAAAGGAAGGCUGGCAGGUGUACAGCUCGGCCCAGGAUGCUGAUGGGCGCUGUAUCUGCACAGUGGUGGCACCAGAACAGAGCCUCUGCUCCAGAGAUGCCAAGAGCAGACAGCUCCGCCAGCUACUAGAGAAGGUACAGAACAUGUCUCAGUCCAUUGAGGUGCUGAACCUGCGAACUCAGAGGGAUUUCCAAUACGUCAUGAAGAUGGAAAACCAGAUGAAGGGCCUGAGGACCAAGUUCAGACAGAUUGAGGAUGACAGGAAAUCCAUCAUCGCCAGAAACUUCCAGGAGCUUAAAGACAAGAUGGAUGAACUGAAGCCAUUGAUCCCCGUGCUGGAGCAGUACAAGAUGGAUGCUGCGCUCAUCUCCCAGUUCAAGGAGGAGAUCAGGAACCUGUCGGCAGUGCUGACAGGGAUCCAGGAGGAGCUUGGGGCCUAUGACUACGAUGAGCUCUAUCAGCGAGUGCUGCGACUGGACAGCAGGCUGCGUAGCUGUAUGGGAAAACUAACGUGUGGGAAAUUAAUGAAAAUCACUGGACCUGCUACAAUAAAGACAUCUGGAACCCGGUUUGGGGCAUGGAUGACUGAUCCUCUAGCAUCAACCAGAAACAACAGGGUCUGGUAUAUGGACAGUUACACCAACAGCAAGAUUGUGCGUGAGUACAAGACAAUAGAAGACUUCGUAGCAGGAGUGGUUUCCCGAACCUACAGCCUCCCAUUUAAAUGGGAGGGAACCAAUCACAUGGUCUACAAUGGGUCGCUUUAUUACAACAAGUACCAAAGCAACAUUAUUGUCAAGUACAGCUUCGAGACAGGCAGUGUGCUGGCCCAGCGAGCUUUGGAGUUCGCUGGCUUCCACAACAUGUACCCAUACACAUGGGGCGGAUACUCCGACAUCGAUGUCAUGGCUGACGAACUGGGAAUGUGGGUUGUGUACGCGACCAAUCAAAAUGCUGGAAAUGUCGUUAUCUCCCAGAUUGACCCUGACACCCUGCAGGUCCUGAAGACUUGGAACACCGAAUACUCCAAAAGGAAUGCAGGUGAAUCAUUCAUGAUCUGUGGGACGCUCUAUAUCACUAACUCUCACCUGUCUGGAGCAAAGGUUUACUACGCUUACUCUACGAAGACUUCAUCUUAUGAAUACAUAGACAUUCCUUUCCACAAUCAGUACUUUCAUAUCUCAAUGCUUGACUACAACGCCAGAGAGAGAGCACUGUAUGCCUGGAACAAUGGACACCAGGUAAUAUUUAAUGUCACCCUCUUCCAUGUCAUAAAAACUGAUGAUGACUCUUAAACAUGAUACUUUUCCAACCACAACUAAAGCACCAUCAUUUGUGAUACAAGGACCUCCUAAUUAACCAUGUAUUUUGUCAAAAAUGGACUACGGUGUCUUUCACUUGCCACUACUUGAACUUUUCUAAUUUCUGGCUCUGGAUUCUUGGCUGAGCUAAGCAUGAACACCAAUGACUUGAUACCUUACUGGAAAAAUGUCAUACAUUUUUUACACUUUUCCAUUUCUGCUGAUCAGACUGGUAUGCCUUAUUUGCUAUGUGUUGCGUUUGCCAGCCAAAGACUCUUGAUAACUUUUGCAUGAAUGUCCACAUUUUGUCUGCAGUGAUUUGAUAUAUUACUGUGUUUUGUUGCAAAUCUGUUACAGUGUUUGCAUUUUUGUCUAUUAUAUUAAGUCUAUUCAAAAGUAUGUAAAUCUUUAAAGGCAACCUCUCCUGCAUAUUUGCUACCAUGUAAAGCUAGCUGAUUAUAAUAUGUAGUAACCAUUCUUUUAAAGAUGGGCCUGUAAAAUAUUGCU